UGCCCCCUUCAAAACUACAACCGAAAUUUCGUGCACUUUGCCUUGGGUUCUGUCAUUUUCUUUUUUUUUUCUUCUUUUUCUCUCCCAGCAACUGCGCUUGCCUUCCCUCCCUUAUUUCUCUUUCUCUAAUUUUAUUUUAUUUUUAAAUUUUAAAAUUCACAUUUAGGGUUUCAACUUUCAACUAACACUCAGCAAAGCUGGAUAGGCAUAGAGGCGACCGCUUUAGCAACAGCAACAACAACAACGAUAACAGUUACCCGGAAUCUUACAGUUCUUACUACAAUGACAACAAUCACAACCGUCCCUCUCGAGGCCCCUCGCGUUUCUCCGACGCGCCUCCUAUGAACCGCUACAACAACAACAAUAGUAAUUUUAACGACAAGUUUGAUAACCAUGAUUCCUAUCACCACCGUCGACGUAGCCCUACCAGUGGCGGUGGAGGAGGAGGAGGGAAUCGUCCGUUCUAUAGUCCUAUUAUUCUGCAUCACAACAGCGGUGGCGGAGGCGGAGGGUUUCGGCCAAUUGGAGGUGGUGGCGGCGGCGGCAGAGGAGGUGAAGGGGGAAGGUUUCGGUCUAUGGGUGGUGGUUUUGAGGGUAAUUAUCGACCACAUCCGCCACAGCAAACUCAUACGGGACAGAAACGCGCUUUUCCAUUCUCUGGCCGUGGAGGAGGUUCUCCCAAUAGUGAUAGAUUUGGUGGUGGUGGCGGUGGCACUGGAGGUGGGGGCAAUUUUGCCAAACUUUUUGUGGGAUCUGUACCAUGGACAGCUACGGAAGAGGAUAUUCGAUACUUAUUUGAAGAACAUGGAAAUGUGAUAGAGGUUGCUUUAAUCAAAGAUAAAAAAACCGGACAACCACAAGGAUGUUGUUUUAUAAAAUAUGCAACCUUAGAAGAAGCUGAUAGGGCUAUUAGAGCCUUACAUAAUCAACAUACUCUGCCUGGGGGAGUGGGUCCUAUCCAAGUCAGAUAUGCUGAUGGGGAACGGGAAUGCCUUGGUGCGGUUGAGUACAAAUUGUUUGUUGGGUCGCUGAACAAACAAGCUACUGAAUUGGAUGUUCAGGAAGUUUUUUCUCGAUUUGGUCGAGUUGAAGAUGUUUACCUCAUGCUUGAUGAGUUAAAGCAGAGCCGUGGAUGCGGAUUUGUUAAAUAUUCCGAUAGAGAAAUGGCAUUAGCAGCUAUAGAUGCUCUCAAUGGAAUUUAUACAAUGAGAGGUUGUGAUCAGCCAUUAACUGUCCGUUUUGCUGAUCCUAAGAGGCGUAGGCAAGGAGCUGGAGAUUCAAGGGGUGGUGCUCCUGCAUUUGGAGGUCCAGGUUUUGGUAAUCGUUUCCAAGCACCACGGCCUAGACCAGUACGCAACUUUGGUGACGCAAUGGGGGAUCAUGUUCCACAUACUGCUUGGCAUCCUAUGAAUCAACAGAAUGUGGGACCAACUUCUGAUCCUGGUGUUCGGAGUAUGGGGAAUCAGUUGCUUCCUACGUCUGGUGACCUAGCAAUACCUUUAAAUCCGGGUGGUCCUUUUGGCGGCCCUUCGGAUGGCUCUCUUCCUAGCCUUGCAGUUUCAUCUUCAUCUACUUCACUACAGGGAUUUAAUCAACCUUCAUCACAAGUUGCAAUAAUUGGUCAGCAAAUUUCACCUUUACGGAAGCCUCUCCAAUCACCUCAGCAUCGACCUCCUUCCUUUCAACUACAGCCUCUAGCACCUGUGUCAUACUCGCAGACACAGACUGCGCAUGUUGGUCAACCUCAAGUUCCUCUUCCUGCUACUUAUACACCUUUCAGUCAAGCUCUUCCCUCACAACAUUUAGCUGGUUUGAGUGGCCAGUUGCCUGCUUCUCGGCCUCAGGUCCAGCAGAAUGCUUCAUCUGCUGCAGUGCUACAAAAGCCUUUGAGUGUCAACUUGACACCCAAUUUACAGCCCAAUUCUGUGUCCACUACUGCAAAUCAGCAACAAUUUCCUGUUACUCUCAAGCAGCAACUGCUUCAACCUCUUCAGCAAUCCCCUUCUCAGCUAGCUCAGAUGCUGUCUCAGCAAACACAAACUCUGCAAGCCAGCUUUCAAUCAUCUCAGCAGGCAUUUUCUCAGCUGCAGCAACAAUUGCAGCUGAUGCAACCUCCAAAUCAAAAUAUGACAUUGCCGCAGAAUUCAGAGGCUUCUAAACAGCAGUGGGCUGGGAUGAUGCCACAGACUGUUGGCAGCACUCCUCCUCAUAUACCUGGUACAGAUGUUCUUUCAUCUGCAUCCGCUCCUGCUGCACCUCUUAUGAUGCCGAUAGUAGCUUCAGUAGAAUGUCAUUGGACAGAGCAUACUUCUCCUGAUGGAUUCAAAUACUAUCAUAACAGUCUAACGCAUGAAAGCAAGUGGGACAAGCCUGAAGAAUUAACUUUGUUUGAACAAUGGCAACAACAACAACAAAAGCCACCUGUUCAACAGCCUCAAACUCAAUCAGACCCUGCUCAGCUAGCUUCGCAACAUGCGCAGGUCCCAACCCAGCUUCUAAAACAGAUCCACCACCCUCCACAGUUACAGGAACCCUUUUUUCCUACAUCGUAUCCAGCUUCUGGAGUUAGGAAUCAACAAAAUACACAGGAACUUGGUUAUGGACAAUUACCAGUGGCACCAUCACCCAAUGAUCCAGCACGCUCCCAACAGGGGCUUCAGACGGUGCAGGAUUUAGCAUGGAAAAAUAAGCCAUAAGGAACUUAAAAUCGGAAGCUGAGCCGAGUCUGCUAAUUGGAACAAGUUUAUUCUUGGUGAACGCAGGGCGACAGUCAUGGCAAAGGCAUGGAUGCAGCAGCAACUGCUGUAGGCUUAAAUGCCAGAUCAGACGUGUAAUAGUAGCUACAAUGUGAAUAGUUUUCUUAAAAUUUAGGGUGGCUUUUGCUAACAGUUGGUACUGGCAUUAGUAUUAGGGCAUUGAAUGCCAUCUGUGCUUAUGUAACAUGAUAUUGGUUGCUAUGAUAAUAAUCAGAUAAGUAGAAAUAGAGCUUUGUUUUUGCUCCAGAGUGACGUUCCUUAACGAGAAUUGUUAUGGAUUGGAUUCUUUAAGGAUCUGUGAUAGAAACUCCCUGCUCUUGAGCCCCGUUCACGAAAUCUUAAAAUCAAAAGGUGACUUCUCGUACAAAAUCAUGACCGUAGAGGGCAACCAUGUCAUUGAAUGAGAGCCCAACAUUCUGGAACUUGGCAGCCAGUGAUGGCACACUGGAAUUUGGGCCUUGAAUGUUGUUUGUUGCUGUUGUUUUGCUAGCACCAAAGCUAAUCUUUUUCUGCCCAUCUGGACUGCCCAACUAGGGCCCUCCGACUGCAAAUCCCCAAAUUUCAUGUUCCAACAAAACUGUAAAAGGUCUAUAGUGUAAGCAUUAUUUUAUGCUUUGAACUGCUAUUUCAUAUGGGAGGAAUCAUAGCAGUACUUGCUAGAACGAAAGAGUCUCUGACAACCGUUGCAAGAAUAUCAGCACAAGAAACAGUUUCAGGGCAAACAGAUUCAAUUGCAUCGAUCAAUUUGACCCCGCAGAGAAUUCGAGUGUUCUCACCAGUAGAACCCUCAGUAUCGUCCAAUAAAAAUGAAGCAUCACAAACCUGCAAACUCAAAUCCUACAUUAUGUUACAAGAAAAUCUAAAAGAGACAAAAAAAAAAUCCUAGUCUGAAAGAGUGACGUGCAUUAACAAAGAAAUUAUGGAAAUGAAGACGAAGCAGCGAAGCUGCCAUUCUGGAGUCUUGGCACAGCAUUUUCAACCAAAGAGAAGAUGAUGCAUGGGUUCCGAUUAGGGCAGCUACUUUUAUACGAGUUAAUCUGCAGUAGAAUACUAAUGUGAUCAAGACAAGUUUCGUUCAAGGUGUUUGGCAAAUGUGAUGGAAAGCUGAAGCAUUACCAAACAGAAAGCCAAUUACUUGGCCAUCUUUCGACCUCUAGGUGAUAGAACUGCAAGUGACGAUUGUCCUUUAUAUAUAUAAGAUUGUUAUUUGAGAUAAAAGGAAGCGAAAGCAGUCUAAGCUACACGGGUGGUUAAAGGAAUGAGAAGCUAUCAAACCAUGAAAGAGGUGAACUUUAUAUUUCGUCAUGAGAAAGGCCAUGUGCUGCUUGAAGCUUUUGAACUACAACAGGAGAAGAGGGCCAUCUGCCAUUAUUAUUGUACUUCUGUUGAGAGAAAGAGAUAGAGAGUGGUUUGUGCCAUCUGGGUCAUUAGCCCGAGAUGUUUCAAAAAAAGAUUGAUCCAAGACAAAAAAGCUUUGGCCUAAUUUAUGUGCUGAAACCGAAACCGGAAAAGCUAACAAGAAUUUAUUGAUCAUGUCCAGGAAGCAGCAGUGGAAUAGGUCCAAAGUAAAGUAGUACACGAAACUGCCCAUGGCCAUCAAGUGCCUUUCUAUGGUGCUGAUGAUAGAUCCCACAGAAUCCUUAGUGCUCAAAAUUCAAAAACCCAACUUUAUUCUUCUUAAUUAUUAGUAUUUCUUUCAAAAUUGCAUCUCAAGAUUUGUUUUUGAACCUCUCUACAUAUACCCACCUCAGUAAAUUGGAUGGUAUCGUCGUAUUAAUGAAAUGAAUUAAAUGUUAUUAUUCCAUUAAUGAGUAAAUUUUUUAAAAAAUAUUAAUUUUUAU